CUGGUCCCCUGUUCUCUGUCUCCUUUACCUACCUCCUGGUGGUUCUGCCCUUGCUGCUGCUCUCUUGCCCGAGGGGUGCUUUUCCUCUUCUUGCUGCAGGGUUUUAGGGACCCAACGGGCCCCCCGCGCAGGACCACGUGGUGCCGGGGAGCGACCCUCUUAGGCCCAGGGGACCCGAGCGUCAAGGCUGGCGGCCCGGCGCCGUCCGCCGCUGCCGGCCCACGUGGGGACCACCGACUCUCUCCUGGGCGGCCCUGGCCUCCGAGGGCAUGUGGUCCUCACCCAGCGCUUUCGGUUCUCGGAGGAGCAGGGCCUGGGAGCGGAGGGGGCCGUGCUGGAGGUGUGCGUCCCGCAGGUCCUGCAUCUUCAGUACGGAAUGUACGUAUGGCCCUGUGCUGUGGUCCUGGCCCAGUACCUGUGGUUUCACAGAAGCUCUCUCCCAGGCAAGGCUAUCUUAGAGGUUGGAGCUGGAGUGAGCCUUCCAGGAAUUCUAGCUGCAAAAUGUGGUGCUAAAGUAAUACUGUCUGACAGUUCAGAGCUGCCUCACUGUCUGGAAGUCUGUCGGCAAAGCUGCCGUAUGAACGGCCUGCCGCAGGUGCGUGCUGUAGGACUCACAUGGGGUCACGUAUCUCGGGACCUUCUGGCUUUGCCACCACAAGAUAUUAUUCUAGCAUCGGAUGUGUUCUUUGAACCAGAAGAUUUUGAAGACAUUUUAACUACAGUGUACUUUUUGAUGCAGAAGAACCCCAAGGUCCAAAUGUGGUCUACUUACCAGGUGAGAAGUGCUGACUGGUCACUUGAAGCUUUGCUCUACAAGUGGGACAUGAAAUGUGUCCACAUUCCUCUGGCGUCUUUUGAUGCAGACAAAGAAGAUAUAGCAGAAUCUGCCCUCCCAGGAAGACAUACUGUUGAAAUGCUGGUCAUCUCCUUUGCAAAGGACAGUCUCUGA